CGCUGUAGACAUUAGGUUGGUGAUAGCUGCGUACUGUCAAGCGGGCCCCGUGACCACUUUCACUGAUCCGACAACUCUGGCGUCACUCUCACCUGCAGAUAAAAAGAGAGUCUUUUCGUACUUCCUGGCUGAACAUAAGCAAUCAACGGAAGUGUCAAACGACUAUCGACUACUACCGCCAAUACACGUCGACGCUUUACCACAGACCCAUCAUUAACCUCGCGUCCUCCAUCACCGUACUUCCGCCUCUCAUCAUGGCCAACGCGACCCGCCCUUUUGCCCUAUUGAAACUCCCCAAUGAGAUCCUCCUCCAGAUCGCUCUCAACCUUUCCGGAAGCGUCAAGCAGCCCGACCCGCAGGCUGAUCUGCUGAGCUUCGCCUUGACAUGCAAGCAGUUGGCGCCGCUCGCUCGGGAGUCACUAUGCCAUGCGCCAAUCCUACAGUCGCGCAAGAUCCACAUGCUACUGAAGAGUCUCUAUACCUACCCGAACCUACGGACAAAGACAAGAAGCCUCACGAUCGAAACGAGGGAGUCGCGAGGCCUGCAGGAGCUGCCAACACCUCUCCCUGGGCUUGAGCCGGGCCUGCUGUGGCAAUCUAUCUGCGAGAUUCACACACUGUCCAUCGAUAAAGAGACGCAAGAGUGGUGGAUAGCCGACCUCAAGGCGACUAGUUUCACGUUCCCCGGCCCUCUGCUCUGCCUCCUCAUCGCCUUACUGCCUCAUCUCAAAGAGCUAUAUCUCGGCGGAUCCUCGCUGUGCAACUUCCCUCUCUUCCGCAACAUGCUGCCAGCGCUCGACGACAUCAACGGCCUCCAGAUCCCCUUUCUCCUCACCCAGAUAUCAAACUGGGAUCACCCGAACCUAAGCUGCGUGAUGAACAUGUUAAGCUCCCGACUCACGGUCCUCGAAUUGCCAAACGACUUCCGCAUCUCGACUAAUGCGAAUGCAUGGCAGGUAGCAGAGGCACGCGGGAUACCCACGUACUUCCCGGAGCUGCGCAGACUCAUCCUGCCGUCGAACGCCGUCGUCAGCAAGCCCUGCCAGGAGAUAAUCCCUAGCAAGCUAGAAAGCCUAGUGCUCACGGACGCGAGGGUACCUGAGAUAGACGCCUGGCUCACCAGCGUCGCACGCUCUAAGAAACAGCUCUUUCCUUGCCUGCGCAAGGUCGCUCUGUACUAUCGAUACAAGGCACCUCCCGCCCCUCAGCCUUUCCUCCAGUCCAUAGCUGCUGCAGGGCUAGACUAUUCCGAGUACCGACCCAGCUGCUGUCUUCGCAUAGUCGACGCGUUCUGGCAUCCGUGGAUGUACACGGCUGAUGAGAUCGAUGCGUCGGUGCAGACCAUGCAUGACGACUUCCAGAAGGAUCUCGAUCGGGAAAACGCCAAACAUCAGCUGAAGGUGGAAAGGGAGAGGGCUCGUUUGCUGGACAAGUGCUUGCUUGCAUUGCGGGACCUCUUUUCGGAGGAUCCUAUGUAGCGUUACUUUAGUUGGAAAAAAGGACUUGGCGCUUAGUGUGGAGUUUUGUACAUCGCAAGGAUCAGCGUAGUUGAACUGCUGCACAAACCUAGACACGUUCAAAUAGAGUUGAGAAACCCACCCACCCGGGCGGUUUUCGCCUGAUGGUGUUGGC